CAGUUUUCUUGUAAAUUUUCAAUCUUGCAAAUUUUUGGAGGUUUGAUAUCUAUUAAGGUAACACGACAAAAGGUGAUAAGAAGUUUGACUUCAACGUAAUUCAGAAAUGUAAUUUUGUGUUGUGGAAAACUGUGUGCAUAUCAAUAAGGAUGGACAACACCACAGAAAUGAGAACGACAUAAGAUUAGCAGGAGUGUAAUCGGAUCAAAAUGCAAGUACUGGUACCGGAAGGCUACUGGGCCCCGUUUCACAAAACGCACGUAGCGCUACGUUAACAAAACUACCAUGGCAACGUAAUACCUACAGUAUUGAUCGCUAUAACAUCGUUCACUGGCUUCAGACCAUGGAUUGAGAACACUUCUGAGGUUGAAUAACCUCCUUUUUUGUGGAUCAAUUUUGUCACAAUUUCAUCAGCAUUAUUCUGGGACCAAAAUCUACUUCCAUGUCUUUCUUGCACUGUGCUUGCACCCGGGCUCACGUGGAAGACUCUCCUAAAUCAGCAACUCCUUACCCCAGAGAUAUUCCAUAUCCACCCCUAGUAACUAAGCGAGUAGAUGAACGUUACAUGCCAGCAGAGAUGACGGGAGCAGGAACCUGUGAAGGGAUGAUUAACUUUGAAACAGACCCAACUUACUAUGAAUUGUACACUGUGAUAGGUAAAGCCUGUGGGGAGGCAUCCACCAUCACCCUGGGCCGCCACAUUCCCUCGGGCACCCACGUGGCCAUCAGACGCACAGAUCUGGAGAAAUGUCCUAUUGACUUCAACACACUACAGAGUGAAGCAGUUCUAAGUCACCAGCUACAACAUGAGAAGGUUCUACCAUUGCUCUGUUCUUUUGUCUUCAACCAUGAGAUGUGGAGCGUGACACCGAUGAUGGCAUUUGGUUCAUGCUUUGAUCUCCUACAUGCACAUUUCUGUGGAGGCUUACCUGAGCAAGCUAUUGCUUAUGUGAUAAGGGAUAUUCUUCAAGCGUUAGAGUACUUGCACUCCAGGGCCAUCAUACACAGGUCGGUGCGAGCUAGCCAUGUGUUGAUCUCGGCCAACGGGAGAGUUUGUCUGGGUGGAUUGCGGACUGCUUACUGCAUGAUUAGAGAAGGCCAACGCUUUCGCUGUGCUUACGACUACCCAUCAAACUGCACCCGCUCCCUCCAGUGGUUUGCUCCUGAAAUCCUUGAACAAAACUUGUCAGGAUACGAUACAAAAUCUGACAUUUACAGCAUUGGGAUUUUGUCGUGUGAAUUAGCCAAUGGCUGUGCUCCUUACUCUGACAUGACAGCCACUCAGAUGUUGCUGGAGAAGGUAAAGGGUAUAAAGCCAGUCCUGUGUGAUUCCAGCACCUUGCCCGCCGACCUUCUCUCAGAGGUCACACAGCCAGCAGGUGAGCAGAGAGUUCAAUCCGAGGAAGGGGAAAAAAGACAUUCUGCUGCAAAAUAUGCUUCCCAGAGGACAUUUUCUAGGCACUUUCAUAAUUUUGUUGACAUUUGUUUGGAAAAAGAUCCCCGAAGAAGGCCAAGUGCUACUAUUCUUCUGGGGCAUCCAUUUCUUAAAAGUUUGAAAAAGAAGACCAGUGAGGUUUUGCCCGAGUUAUUAUAUCCUGUGUCACCACUGACCAACCUUGGCGACUUGCCAAAAUGCGAUGUUACACUAGAAGCUACAACCUCACAGCUGGAAAACAUCAGUAUAGCAGAGCCUUGGAUAUUUUAGAUGGCAGAUGUUGAACACUGGUAUUAAAAGCACCAUGUUUUGUCAUGAUAAAUGCAGUUUUGUCUGUCAAUUUGUUCAGAUACUCUGUGCUGGUAAAAUAAGGAUUCAUAUGAAGAUUCGAGGAGAUGCCUGGUGUUUGUCUGGUGUCACAUCAAAGUGAAUGGAGCUGUGGUGUUAUCCUGCCCUGGCUGCUAAGAUGAACAGAUGACAGUGUCGUGAAGGCUGGUCACAGUAGAAUACCUGGGACAUUCAUGUAUACAGAACUGUACAAGAGGAUGCCAUUGCUGCAUAUUACACGAUCCCAGUUCUCAUAGAUUCCAGUGUGGCUGGGCUGUUAGUUACAUGUGAUAUAUAACUAACAUUACAUGAUUACCAGAGUAAUUCAUGUUGAUAUUACACGAUUGCCACUGUUAUUCAUGUCAGCCUGGCUGGAUAUUACAUGAUUCAGCUGUUAUUCAUAUCAGCCUAGCUGGACAUAGAUGAUUUAGCUGUUAGUUACAUCAGACAGCUGUUAUUCAUAUUAGCCUGGAAGGACAUUUCAGGGUUGCAACUGUUUGCAGUAUUUGCAAAAGCACAAUGCUUGCCUGGCUUGACCGGUGUUUUUCAUAUUAGCAUGGCUUGACGUUUAAGGAUUUCAGUUGCUAUUUACAAUAGCAUUUUAGCUUUUACGCGUAAGAACAUGGCUGAACAAUGCAAGAUUCCAGUUGUUCUUCAUAUUGGCCUUGGUGAACAAUAUAGGAUUUUAGCUGUUGUUCACAUGGGCCUGGCUGAACAAUACAGGAUUCCAGCUGUUCUUCACAUUGGCCUAGCUGAACAAUACAUGAUUUCAGCUGUUGUUCAUAACUGCCUGGCUGAAAUUAACAUUACAGGAUUCCAGCUGUUACUUAUAUCUGCCCGGAUAGACAUGGUAUGAUUAUAAUCUGGUGACUUAUGGGUUUCCCCGGGCUGUGUCUGGUUUCCUCUCAUUAUAAUGCUAGAUGCUGUGUAAGUGAAAUAUUCUUGAGUAUUCUUCAAUAAAUAAAUAAAU